GAGUUGUAGUCCAGCAAGAGCCACAAGCUAAAGAUCGCUACCUAGAAGAAGACACACCCAAAACAUUGCACCCACACACAGGGAGUUAAUCGCCUUCCACACUGACACACGGCGACACCCCAGAGCGCACACACACACUGACAUACAGGAAGUUCCUCAUUUACUGCCCGGGCCAUUUUCCUUUUUCCCUUACCCGGGAGAGCGGGACGCGCACAGGCACAACCGGAGGAGACGGGCCGGUCGUGGGCAGAUGCGACCCGGAUAUGGGGGAUCCGGACAGGAGAGAGACCCGCAGCCCGAUCCAUGUGAAUCUGACUGGAAAUGAGGAAAGAGUUGCCAUGAAAGACUUUGAGCUACUGAAGAUCUUGGGAACUGGAGCGUAUGGAAAGGUAUUCCUUGUACGGAAGGUGACUGGGCCAGAUACCAACCAUCUCUAUGCUAUGAAAGUCCUCCAAAAAUGUGCACUAGUAAAAAAGGAAAAGACCGUGGAGCAUACGAAAACGGAGCGCAAUGUACUCGAACAUGUGAGGGAAAGCCCUUUCCUAGUAACACUUCACUAUGCCUUCCAGACAGAGGCCAAGCUCCAUCUUAUACUGGAUUAUGUGAGUGGCGGAGAGCUUUUCACUCACCUCUAUCAGCGAGAUAAUUUCUCUGAAGAUGCAGUGCGGUUUUACUCCGGAGAGGUUAUUUUGGCCCUGGAGCAUUUGCACAAGUUGGGCGUUGUGUACAGGGACAUUAAGCUGGAGAACAUCCUGUUGGAUAGCGAGGGCCAUGUGGUGCUGACAGACUUUGGCCUGAGCAAAGAGUUCCUAUCUGAAGAGGAGGAGCGCACAUAUUCAUUCUGUGGGACAACAGAGUACAUGGCACCAGAAAUUAUACGAGGACAGGGAGGCCAUGGCAAGAUUGUAGACUGGUGGAGCUUGGGAAUCCUGAUCUAUGAAUUACUUACAGGAGCAUCUCCUUUCACCUUGGAGGGAGAAAAGAACACACAGAGUGAAGUUUCCAGGCGUAUCCUGAAAAUGGACCCCUCUCUUCCCUCCUUUCUGAGUUUCGAGGCCAGAGAUCUUCUCCAUAAACUGCUUCGUAAAGACCCCAAAAAACGUUUAGGAGCUGCAGGGGCAUCCCAAAUAAAGGAACACCCUUUCUAUAAGCAGGAUAUGGACUGGGAAGCUCUCUCACUGCGCAAGGUCAAUCCUCCAUUCCGUCCUUCAAUAAGGAACGAGACAGACGUCAGUAAUUUUGCUGAAGAAUUCACCAAUCUAGACCCUGUCUAUUCCCCAGCUGGCACACCUCCCUCUGGUGCUCCUGUCUUCCAGGGCUACUCCUUUAUAGCACCUUCUGUCCUAUUUGGUCGGAAUGCUGUGAUGAGAGACAUGGCAGCUCCUUCUGCAGACAAGCCUGGAAGUCCUACUCUAGCUCUUAGUGCUGCUAUGAAGGACUCUCCAUUCUUCCAAUGUUAUGAAAUAGAUCUUGAAGAACCAGCUCUGGGAUCUGGCAGCUAUUCUAUCUGCAGAAAGUGUCUGCAUAGGCAGACCCAAAAGGAAUAUGCUGUGAAAAUCAUAAGCAGGAGGAUGGAAGCCAACACCCAGAGGGAGGUAGCAGCACUGAGACUGUGUCAGGGACACACCAAUAUUGUCGCACUUCACGAGGUCCUACACGACCAGUACCACUCAUAUUUAGUUAUGGAGCUCCUGGAUGGAGGAGAAUUACUGGACCGUAUAAAAAAACAGGCCCGUUUCAGCGAAGUGGAGGCCAGUAGUCUAAUGCGCAGUCUGGUGAGCGCCGUAGCACACAUGCAUUCAGCCGGAGUCGUACACAGGGACCUAAAGCCAGAGAAUCUUCUCUUGUCAUCUCCUGGGGAGAACGCAGUACUAAAAGUCAUUGACUUUGGAUUUGCAAGACUUCGCCCACCAGGAUCACGUCCAUUACACACUCCCUGCUUCACCCUUCAUUAUGCUGCUCCAGAACUAUUUUCUAACCAGGGAUAUGACGAACUGUGUGACCUGUGGACUCUUGGAGUCAUUCUGUAUACCAUGCUGUCUGGUCAGGUGCCCUUCCAAGUGAAAAGAGGCAAAUUUCAUAACCGUGCAGCUGACAUCAUACAGAAGAUUAAGGAAGGCGAUUUUAGCAUGGAGGGCAAAUGUUGGGAGCAUGUGAGUGAAGAGGCCAAGGAUCUGGUCAGAGGCCUUUUGAUCGUGGACCCCACUUGCAGACUGAGUCUGAAUGAACUCCAGGAAAGUGAUUGGCUUCGUGGUGGGCGUCCUCUCUCCUCCACUCCUCUAAUGACUCCAGAUGUCUUGGAAUCUAGUGGCCUAGCCACUAAGAACUGUGUGGAUGCCACCUUCAUGGCCUUUAACCGUGGAAAGCGAGAGGGUGUAUUCCUAAAGAGCGUGGAUAAUGCUCCCCUUGCCAAGAGACGCAAGCUGAAGAUGUGCAGUACUGGUGGUGACACACGCAGUGGUUCCUCCUCAUCCUCUUCUUCCUCAUCAUCAGCUGCCGCAUCUGCAUCCUAUUCUCCAAAAUCCAAGGGCACCCCUCAGAGUCAUUGUUCUGGACACUCUUAACUCAGUGACAUACACUAUACCUCUGCAGGUCACAUACCCCUGAAUUUUCUCCAGGCCUCCCAUGAUACAAACAUUUUCUUAUGUAUUAUAAUAUGGGUGGGAUAUGAGUAUAUAUGUGCAUAUAUGUAUGGGUGUUACAUUUAUAAAGCUAGAUACAUAUCAGCGUUUACAGAUUUCAACUUUUGGAAAAGGGAUGUAUAUGCUUAUAUAUAGAUAUAUGAAAUGUUUUCUGGGUUUAAAUAUUCACGCACAAUAUUAUAUAUUUGGCACGGUAUCUAACACCAGAAUACCACGAAAAGAAAUGAAGAGGAUAGUGUUGGCUGCACAGUUGUACUAUAAUUCUUUUCAUUGGAAUGUGGCCUAGUUGAGUCCUUAUAGACUGUAUUUACUGUGUUUGUGUAUAUAGAUAUUAUUGGUUGACCUGUACAUAUGUAUGCAACAGCAGAAUAGUGUGGACCCAAGUUUAUUCAAAAGGGCUCACUGACACUGGAUAUAUUCAGGCCACAGAAAGUCCAUAAUAAUUUUCACACUAUUUAAAUGCUAUUUUUGUGCAAUGUGAUCUUUGUCUCUCUUUACAGGACUACAAAUCUGCUGCAUUAAUGGACCAAAGUCAUGUAUACAGUGUUUACAGAGCAGUGCAAGGACAAAAUGCCUGUGUGUUCAAGCCCAUAGUUUAAAACAUUUACUUUCUUAUGAUUUUUAUGCAUCAAUACUUGCAUGUGGAAGUUCUGCUUGUGCUUUUGGGCUGUGAAAAUUAUUGCACAUACCUUUAGUAUAUGCAUUCACAUUUUAGAUUCUCUAGUAAACUAUGCGCUGCUUAUUGGUAUUCGUCCCCAUAAACAGAUGCCCUUUAUGGCACCAUU